GGGUACUUGGAUGGCUGACGACCCCAGACCUUUGUCUGUUGAUCACCAUGCAACUUGCUCCGAUCUUUCCUGUGAAGUGUCGGCCAGCCGGCGACGCGACGCGACCUUUGGCUCGUACCAGCCGUUUGCGACCGAAGACGCAUCAGUUGCCGGGUUCCUUGAAACUCGGGGUGACCUUCAUCGCUGGUGUCACAAAGAUCAAGCUCCCAAGACAUCCAAGACGCAACGCUUGGAGAGCCCGGAGAGUCCGAAGAGCAGCGAAGAUUGAGACCGUUGAGACCGUUGAGACCGGGGUGAAAAAGCCGCCGCAUGAUCCACGCUCCUACCGCGUGGUGCGACUGCCCAAUGACCUGGAAGUCUUCUUGGCUUCCGAUCCCGAAGCCGACAUGGCAGCCGCCGCACUGUCCGUGCGUUGUGGUUGUUUCAAUGAUCCCGCAUCAACCUUGGGUCUGGCGCACCUGCAUGAGCACAUGCUGUUCCUGGGUUCAGAGAAAUAUCCGGAAGAAGACGAGUACUGCCGUUUUUUGGGUGAACAUGCUGGAGGUAGCAAUGCCUACACCGAAGAAGAGUUCACUUGUUACUACUUCAGUGUGAAUGCGGAUUUUCUGGAAGGCGCUUUGGAUCGCUUUUCACAGCUGUUUUUAGCACCCAGAUUCGAAGUUUCCAGCCUGGAACGGGAGAUCCAGGCAGUUGAUGCUGAGAACACCAAUUACUCCACUGACGAUGUUUGGCGCGGAGUCAUGCUGCACAAGAUGACAGUCGACGAGGAUCAUCCCUUCGCCCGUUUCGACGUGGGCACCUUCGAGACACUCCACGGGGAUGCACCGCGGCAGACCCGGGAGGAACUCCUCCGCUGGAACCAACAGCACUAUACGGCGGACAGGAUGAAAGUCGUCAUCGUGGGAUCGCAAAGCUUGGAAGAACUGCAGAACUUGGCGAUGAGGUUUUUCUCCGCAGUCCGAACUUCCCAGCGAGAUGUGAAGCCGCCAUCGGUGCCGUCGCCACUGCCUUGGGCAUCGCUUGGUCGGGUGCUGCGCCGCAUCCCGGUGAAGGACAUCCGGAGCAUCAUGGCCUGCUGGCCGCUGCCACCGUCAUCUGAACACCUCUUCACCAAGCCCGUGCAGUAUUUGAGCCACUUUCUUGGACAUGAGGGUGAAGGUUCCCUACACAGCAUCUUGAAUGCCAACGGAUGGGUUGAUGACCUCAUUGCCGGAGCAGAGUAUGAGUUCGAGAAUCAGCAGCUGUUUGCUCUCAACAUCAUUUUGACACCAGAAGGAGACGAACACCAAGAGGAAAUCCUUGGUUUGUUGUACCGCUACAUCUCCUUGAUCCGCGCAGCAGGGCCUCAGCAGGAAGUCUUCCAGGAGAUCCGGAGGUUGCAAGAGAUCGCGUUUGCCUACAAGGAGGACGAACCUGAAGCAGAUGACUUCGCAGAGAAGGUGGCCAUGGCCUUGCAUCGAUAUAGUCCAGAAGAAGCUUUACGUGGUCCUUUCGCGCUUGAUGAUUGGCAACCUGAUGUGAUCCAAAGGUAUUUGGAUUUGCUUGUGCCAGAGCGAUGCCUCAUAUUCUCCACCAGUCCUUCCUUCACUACUACUGCUGAGUGGCAGCACGAAAAGUGGUACGGCACAACGUUCCGGGAGGACGCCUUUAGCCCCGGUGAUCUUCCAGGUGACUCCGGCUUGGAGCUUCCAGCUUUGAAUCCCUUCGUUCCGCAGGAUCUUCAACUCUUCGCAAGGACCAGCGGAACGAGAUUCCCAGCGGAAGCAACUAUGCCUACUCUGCUGUCCGAACCGGAAAUGGAGAUGAUGGAGAUUUGGUACAAGAUGGAUCGCUCCUUCGGACUUCCCAGAGCCAAUGUCAUGGUGAGAGCAUUGACGAAUUCGUAUCGCCUUGGACCCGACAGUGUCGUGAUGAUGCGCUUGUUCUGCGCCAUGGUGGAUGAUGAUUUGAGUUCCACGUUAUAUGAUGCUCAGCUGGCGGGUUUGGACUACAAAAUCGAGUUCUCAGAUCAUUUGCAGUUCUCCGUCUCCGGCUUUCACGACAAGCUGCCACGGCUCCUGACUGUUCUCGUUGAACGGUUUGAGGAGAUGUACCUCGAAGUUCAAGAAGCAAAAGGUGCCUCAGUGCUGCAUUCGGAUGCUGCAGUGCAAGUGAAGCAGAUCCUAUUGCAGGAAUACGAGAAUUUCACUCGGGAAGAGCCCUUGAUUAUCGCAGAAUACUUCCUCUCGCAGGUCUUGAGUCGCGACGCUUGGAAUUUUCAAGACUAUCUACCAGUUCUCCGGCGACCAAUAUCCCUUGUCCAACUGGGAAGUGCUCUGCAGAUUGCAUUGCAAGAAGUGAAGAUCCAAGCGCUGGUGCACGGCAAUAUCGAAGAACACGUAGCCGUGGCCUGCACGGAAGUCCUGCAGAAGAUCCCAGGAGACGUGCUGCAGAAGGUGUGGCAGCAAGAAACCAUUGAGUUGCCGCCGCAAAGCACCGUCUUCCAGAUGGACCUAGAUGAAAAUCCGCAGCAGAAAAACAGCUGUACAACGAACUUCUACCAAGUGGGUUCAGCCUCCGAUCUGCGGCACGAGGCACAGUUGCUCUUCCUGUGCCACGCAGCGGAGCCUUCGGCAUUUCAGCGCCUACGCACAGAGCUGCAGCUGGGAUACAAUGUGGAGGCAAGGCACUGGUGUGAGAACAAUAUUUCAGGACUCUGCAUCGCAGUGCAAGGCUGCCGUUUGAGCCCCCGAGAAGUGGACCGUUGUAUCGAAGAAUGGCUGCAGAUUUUCCAGCAGAAGAUGGAGACCAUGACAAAUGAAGAGUUUCAGAGGCAAUUGGCGGCAGUCAGCAGCAGCUACAAUCGCAGAUAUACCCGCCUCAGUCAAGAAACGCGGCAGCAUUGGCGGGAGAUUCGCCAGUCCAAACACUUCCAUCGAGUUUCAGGUGUCUUCGGCACGGCAGGAUUUGGAAUGAUUUCGGAGACUUCAAAACAUAAGAUGGAUCUGAUAACAUAG